AUGGCUCCGUUUCAAUAUUCAGCUCUGGACUCCCAGCAAUUUAGGUUCUUAGCGUUGCAUCCCGGAUUUCCUCAGGAUCCCCUUUCUGGUGGUCUCAUUAUUGGCCAUCUCGACCAGAACUCGAAACUGCCUUAUUAUGAGGCAUUGUCUUACUGCUGGGGGGAUCAGUCAUCACCAGACACUAUUAUACUUGAUGAGCGACUUGGUUCUGGUGAAAAAGGCAGCCUUGACAUCGGACGGAAUCUCGCUGCAGCUCUACAACACCUCCGCAAUCCCGAGCAAGAACGAAUCAUUUGGUGCGAUUCUAUUUGUAUCAACCAAAGAGACCUUUCUGAACGUUCCUCACAAGUAGCACGCAUGAGCGAAAUUUACAGCCUUGCCAAUAGGGUUGUGAUAUGGCUUGGUCCUCAAACGUCUUGGAGUAGGAUUGCCAUGGAUACCCUACGUUGGGCAGGACAUCAGAUCAAAUCAUAUCAUCAUUCGGUUGAGCAUGGUUCUAUAUAUUACUUCUUCAAAGAUACAGCAGACCCUCGGACUCAUGACCCAGCAAGCCCUCUUCCACUCAGUACGCAACAGUGGACAGCUAUAGAAUGUCUGCUGGACUUGGAUUGGUAUAAGCGCUUGUGGACGCUUCAAGAAGUAGCUUUGGCAGAUGAAAAGACAUGUACCGUUGUUCUCGGCUACGAGGAAAUGUUGUGGGCGACGUUCAAGGAUAGCCUUCUGCUUGUGUCUACAUUCAAACAGCCGCCAUCCAGUUUGAGACUCGAUCCUGUUCGUUACAGCUCUAACAUAAGAGCCUUCACCAUUAGAGGUGAAAUACAAAAAUACCGUGGUCUUUCUACUUGGAUGAAUGCUACUCUGUGGUCGUCGACUUUCCAAUGUUCUGACGAACGAGACAAGGUAUUUGCCUGCUAUUGUUUGGUGAAACCUGAAGCAGCCAAGGCUAUUGAAGUUGACUAUACGAAGUCUACCACGGAAGUUUUUACUUCCGUAUGCCUUGACGCUCUUUUCCGGGAACAGUCGCUCGUGUUCCUGAGCUACUGCAAAGCGCCUGCCAGUCCGAGUUGGGUGCCUAACUUGGCGAAGCCGGUCGGUCUAGCGGUGAGUGACGGUAAUGUGGCUCCAAAAUCCAUUCCCGAAGCACGUCUUGUUGAACCUGGCGUGCUAGAGGUAGCUGGACUCCUUUGUGACAAGUUGGUGGGGACUCCUCUUCUGGUACCUGUGAAGAAUGAUUUCCUAAAGACGCCUGCGGAAUAUCUUCAGGUGAUUGCGGACGCAGUGCAAAGUCUGUGCAACAAGGAGUUAUUACACGAUGACACUCAUCUUGAUCCGUUAAUUAUAGCGAUGACACAUGGAUCUGUUCGAGAUUAUUACAUUGAGAAAUUGGAUCCAACGGACCAAAGUCCAUUGCGCUGUCUUCAGGACUGGCGGAAAAAGAUACGAGGGCUAAUAACUGGCGACAUGAAAGAUGGCCAUGAUAUCGUGGAUCCGCAGGAUGCAGACGAGGUAUACAUACGUUCUUUACCUGGAGAGAGGUAUGCAAGUGGGUGUAUGAAGACUCGGAACGGAUGUGUUAUCCGGGUUCCACCAGAGAGUCUAGAGGGUGACUUGGUGGCAGUUAUUCUGGGUUUAAGACAACCACUUGUCCUACGUCCAGGGACCAAACCGAACACAUACUCCGUUGUAGGUACAUGCUACCACCCAGAACUUGUGGACGGGUCAGCGGUACUUGGAAAUGACUUUUCUGGCUGGGAGAGGCUAUGGGAUCGGGUAAGUUUUCAGAUUGCUUUCCACAAGGAGGGAAUUCUGCGUUAUACCGAUCCACGCCUUGAUGAUGUUCCUCUAGACGGUUUUCACGAAAUCUUUUCGACAGUCAUGGGUCGCGAGAUUCCUGUUUGGGUGCAUAACAAUGACAAAAACGAAUGUUUAUUGGACGAUCCUCGUAUGAGAGAAGCGGCAUUGUUGAAGAGGGGUGUACCGGUGAAGAGGCUCCAGUUAAUUUGA